UCUUGAUGUUGUUGAUAUUAUCUAAAUAUUUCAUGAAUAUACGAAAUUAAGAAGGGGUAUUAUUGUACAUUUAUGAAAAUUCCAGAAGGGUAUUUUAGUCAUUUAAGAGUGGGAAAAGACUUUCCAAGUCCUGAAAAAGAAAUCAAUUUAAUUAAGAGUAUUAAUUAAUUAAUUAAUUUCCGUAAUAUAAAUAACCGCAAAGCGCUGUGAGUAAUGUUUUGCUUCUUGUUAACGUCAGCUUUCUCUUUCCCCCUUCUCUCUCUCUCUCUCUCUCUCUCUCCUGCUCAGUAAACACUUUCUGCUCGCUUCUGCCAUUUUUUUCCUCAAUUCAAUUUCUCAACAUCUGCUUUUUCACUUUUACAAUCAGUUAAAAAAUCGAGCUUCGGUUGCUGAAGCCUGUGAUUUCUAUGGAGCGGAAGCAGGGCUUUUUCUCUGCUCUCAAGGAGGAAGUAGUCCGCGGGCUAUCGCCGGCCCGGUCGAGAAGGGGCCGGAGUCAGUCUCCAUCCGGGUCGGGUUUGCACCGCCGCCGGAGAGGCACUAGUGUGGGCCCACCAGAAAUGCUGAUAUCGAGAUCGGGUAGUUUGAGGCCCGGUGCCGAGACGCUGUCGCCUUUGAGAGAGGGUCCGGAUCCGAACGGGUCGGAUUCCGGUGAGACGAAGAGCGACGGAUGGGCGCAUUGGCUCUGCCGGGCCCCUUCCGUUUCCGCCGCCGCCGGGUCGGGUUAUUCGAGGUCCGAUCUGAGGCUGCUUCUCGGUGUACUCGGUGCGCCUCUAGCCCCGGUGCACGUUAGCAACACCGACCCUUUGCCUCAUCUCUCUAUUAAAGAUACCCCCAUUGAAUCUUCGUCAGCACAGUACAUACUGCAGCAAUAUCUAGCGGCUUCGGGUGGGCAGAAGCUCCAGAACUCGAUCCAGAAUGCUUACGCGAUGGGGAAAGUCACGAUGCUGGCUUCUGAUAUCGAAACGGCGACAAAGGUGAUCAAGAACAAGAGUUCGUCGAAAUCGGCCGAGUCGGGUGGUUUUGUGCUGUGGCAAAUGAAUCCAGAUAUGUGGUAUGUUGAGCUUGCAUUGGGCGGCAGCAAGGUUCGUGCUGGCUGCAAUGGUAAGCUGGUGUGGCGGCACACCCCGUGGCUUGGUGCACAUGCGGCCAAGGGGCCCGUUAGACCCCUUCGUCGUGCACUUCAGGGCCUGGAUCCAAAGACAACGGCAAACAUGUUCGCCAACGCCAGAUGCACGGGAGAGAAAAAAAUCAACGGUGAGGAUUGCUUCAUCCUCAAACUCUGCGCGGACCCCCAAACACUGAAAGCAAGGAGCGAGGGUCCCGCAGAGAUCAUAAGGCAUGUCUUGUUCGGAUACUUCAGCCAGCGAACGGGGCUUCUUGUCCACUUGGAGGAUUCCCAUUUAACCAGGAUUCAAACCAACGGCUCCGAUGCUGUCUAUUGGGAGACGACCAUCAAUUCAUUCAUGGACGAUUACAGGCCCGUUGAGGGCAUCAUGAUAGCUCACUCGGGCCGAUCUGUGGUGACACUUUUCAGGUUCGGAGAAACUGCAAUGAGUCAUACCAAGACUAGAAUGGAAGAAGCGUGGACUAUUGAGGAAGUUGCGUUCAACGUACCGGGUUUGUCUGUCGAGUGUUUCAUUCCUCCCGGUGAACUCAGGUUCGGUGAAGCGUGCGAGCUUCCUCAAGAAAAUAGGGUCAAGAAUGCUGUUGCGGCUGCUGCUUAUCGAGCGAAAGUUGUCGCCCUGGGGAAAGCUCACGGCGGUAGUGUCAACAGUGUAGUUCCCAUUUGACAAAUUAAGGGAAUUUUUUUAAUUUUUAAUUUUAAAUUUUAAAUUUUUAUUUUUACAGUUUAAGUGUAGUUGCUUUGAGAUGUGUAUAUAGUUAUGAUUUUGUUAUGGAAAAUGGAAUACUAAUUAUGAGGUUUUGCAACUUAUAAUGAUGAUUAGUAUUUGUCA